UCGUAGCGAAAAUGCGAGUCGCUCUAACGCUGUUGUGCCUUGUAGGCACGCUUUCGGCGCUCAGGCCCACCUCCGUGCAAACGUCGUCGGGUCUCGUUGUGGGCUUCCGUGCCAAGGCAGGACACCAUCACCACGUCAACCACUUUCUGGGCGUGCCGUACGCCAAGCCCCCCGUGGGAGCCUUGCGAUUCGCUCCCCCUCAACCACUGGACGACGCGGCCAGUGGGGAAUUGGAUGCGAGCCGCCACGGACCCUCUUGCUUCCAGCCGGCUCACCUGAAGGAACUUAUGAGCACCUUUCUGGACACCGACUCUGAGAUGAGCGAAGACUGCCUGACCCUGAACGUGUACGUACCCGAUGUGAGCGGUAUCCUGCCCGUGAUCGUUUGGUUUCCUGGGGAGGGCUUCGACUAUGCUAUCGCUCGCCAGUUCGACGGCAGCUACUUGGCCGUCCAUUCGAAUGCCAUCGUGGUCACCGUCAACUACAGGGUCUCUUCCUUCGGAUUCCUCGCUACACUGACGCCCGAUGCUCCGGGAAAUGUCGGUCUUCAUGACCAGCGUAUGGCGCUGCGGUGGACGAAGAAAAAUAUCGCUCGCUUCGGUGGCAAUCCUGACAAGGUUACCGUGAUGGGCCGAUUCACGGGAUCUAUGAGCAUUAGCAUACACAUAGCCACUCCCAUUAAAGAGAAGCUUUUCGAGAAAGCAGUCAUGCAGAGCGGCAUCGCUGUGGGGGACUACGUCUUCGACUCCAAUCCUCUCAACACAACAGAGAAGCUCGCCAGCGCUCUUGGCUGCCCGACUGGUUCCAGCGUCGACAUGACCACAUGUCUGCGAAGCGUGCCGGCUCCCGAGUUGCUGCGCGCCACAACACGCAUCGGGAAGUUCUUCAGGCCAGUGAUGGACGGUUCGCUGGUCGUGGAGGAGCCUCUCGAGGCCGUGAAGAAAGGUCGUCACCAAGCCGUUGAUGUCGUGAUCGGUACAAACCAGAAUGAGGGAUCGCUGUGCUUCCUCAUGCUCCAGUACCUCAAGUCACAUUUCUUCGAGCGCCUGAUAGAAAACAGGCUCACGACGCAAGACGUCGCCGACAUGAUCCAAUUCCAUCUGCGUGACUUCAGCGUCCGGGACGACGACGUGCUAUCCAAGCUUGUUCAGCACGAGUAUCAUUAUCAGCACAUCCGGGAAGGCCUGCGAGCUCAGUAUGUCCAAUUCUGCGGUGACAUGUAUGUGGCGUCCCACGCUGAACAGAUGGCCCGCCUCCUGGCUCACCACAAGAAGGGCUCUGUGUACGUCUACCAGUUUUCUCACCGUCCGUCUUUCUCCAAGCAACCCGACUUCAUUGGGGCAGCCCACGGGGACGACGUGCUCUUCGCCAUGGGUCUCGUUCUCAAGAAGCGUGACCUUCCCAAGUCCGAGGCAACCCUGAGCAUCAAACUCGGUGCCUCGAUUGGCAACUUUGCACUCAACAGUGAUCCGAGCAUCGUUGGCGCGCACGGCCUGGAAUGGCCCGAGUACGCGGAGGAGAGCCAACUCGUGAUGCACUUCACCUCUGCUCGCUGCGCCGCCCGUCGCAGCGUGCUGGGGCGGGCCGUCGCUUUCUGGCACCACAUCGUCCCGCUGGUGAAGAUCUCCAGGGCUGUGGUGGAAGUGCCAGCAGACGAGCCGCUCUCCGUGACCUCGUCCCAGGUCUUCGUCUUCGAGCCAAAUGCACAGAGCCUUCGAGCUAGUGAACCAAUGGAGCAGAGCACUGCUUACGUCGUCGUGGCCCUCGCCGUGUGCAAUGUCCUUCUUUUAAUUGUGUCGGCCAUUAGCAUCACCAAGGUGCGCAGUACGCAGCACAGGUACGAGACCCUGGAAAAGCUGUGAGAAGUAAGUGUAGUGACUCAUUGUGUCAUCGUGUACAUAGUUCACUCGUUCACUAGCAUGUCCCACAACACUACACGCCCAUUUCCAUUUGAAGGUGCAAACUCUAUUUAUGCGAGAAACAUGCUCCCUUCACAAAUGAUGUGACCAUUUUCACCCACCCCACACUUGUAAAAUAUGUCGUCUGGUGAAAGUACUUUUACCCAUGUAUAUAUUUUAAAUGCUUGUAGCGUUGUAUAUACUUGAAGUAUGAAACUUAUAAACUUGAGUACCACUCAUAUGUUUGAUUGUGCCAUCUUUGUAAUAGAAAAAAGCAAACAAACUGAUGUGUCUACAAGGAAAGGAAAGCGCGACGUGAAGGAACAACUGUACGCGCAUUUUGCUCAUUGCGCUAAAAUUCCGACUAUAGAAUUAGUGUUUCACGGUGCAUUGUAAAUACUACUGAGAACUGCUCUGUGAAGCCGGGUGCCAUGAGCUCUAGUCAAUGUCUUGUCAUCGACUUCCGCACAUUGAAAGAUCUGUUGCCUUUCGAAAAUGUUACUAGUGUGAUUAAAAGCCUCUCUUUGAAA